UUCAUGGUUACACCACCAUUGAUGCUUUAUCCAGUCAGGGGACAACAUAACCUCUCGUUCCCGUGCUAGUUUCACCCGAAAACCAUGCAGACACUUCAUUUUUCCAGCAAGGCUUACAGCAAGAUACUGCACAUACCUUCCCUUGGCCUUGCUCUUGUGCUGCUGAUCGGAUUGGCCUCUCCUACCAGUUCCUGCAGAGAGCAGGAGCAGGGCUCCCUUCACCAGUUCCUUGCCGGGCUCUCACAACACGGUGGCCUCGCUGCGUCCUGGCAGCAUGGCACGGAUUGCUGCCAGUGGGAAGGGAUCACCUGCAGUACAGAUGGGAUUGUUACGGAUGUCUUGCUGGCUUCUAGGAGUCUUCAGGGGCACAUCUCAGCUUCUCUUGGGAAUCUCACUGGAUUACUGCGCCUCAACCUGUCAAACAAUCUGCUAUACGGUGGCCUACCGCAGGAAUUGAUGUCAUCCGGCAGCAUCGUCGCCAUAGACGUCAGCUUUAACCGCCUCAGUGGAGAUCUGCAAGAGUUAUCAUCUUUGACUCCUCCCCGGCCACUGAAGGUACUGAACAUCUCGAGCAAUUUGUUUACAGGACAAUUUCCGUCCUCCACAUGGCAAGUGAUGAAAAAUUUGGUCGCACUCAAUGCCAGCAAGAACAGCUUUACUGGGCAGCUGCCAAGUCAUUUAUGCACCAGUUUGCCAUUGCUCACUGUGCUUGAACUCUGUUACAACCUAUUCAGUGGAAGAAUUCCGUCUGGACUUGGUAGUUGUCCCAAGCUCAGAGUGCUCAAGGUUGGCCACAACAACCUUAGUGGGCCUCUACCAGAUGAACUUUUUAAUGCUAGCUCGUUGGAGUACCUCUCUUUCCCCAAGAAUACUUUACAAGGAACACUUGAAGAUGCACGUAUUGUCAGUCUCAGUAAUCUCAUAACCCUUGAUCUUGGAGAGAACAAUUUCAGUGGAAAGGUGCCAGAAUCUAUAGGUCAGCUUCACAGAUUGGAGGAGCUCCAUUUGAACAAUAACAACAUGUCUGAGGAUCUACCAUCAACCCUGAGCAACUGCACAAAUCUCAUAACCAUUGACCUCAAGAACAACUUGUUCUCUGGAGAGCUCGACAAGGUCAACUUCUCCAAUCUACCCAAUCUAAAAACUUCAGAUCUUGGGUGGAACAACUUCACCGGAAAAAUUCCAGAAAGCAUCUAUUCGUGCAGCAACGUAACUGCACUUCGGCUAUCCUUCAAUAAUUUCCAUGGCCAGCUGUCAGAAAAAAUAGGCAAUCUGAAAUCCCUCUCAUUCCUAUCACUUGUUAACAACAAUCUUACAAAUAUCACAAGUACACUUCCGAUACUUGCAAGAUCCAAGAGUCUCACCACCCUUCUUAUUGGGCUCAACUUCAUGAAUGAGACCAUGCCAGACGAUGACAUCAUUGUCAGUUUUGAGAAUCUUCAGGUUCUAGCAAUAACAGAUUGCUCACUGUUGGGGAAAGUACCACAUUGGUUAUCAAAGCUGACAAAUUUGGAGAUGUUAUUUUUAGAAAACAAUCAAUUAACAGGACAGAUACCUUACUGGAUCAACAGCCUAAAAUUCCUCUUCUAUCUAGACAUAUCAAAUAAUAGCAUGACAGGGGAAAUCCCAGCAGCCUUAAUGAAGAUGCCAAUGCUAAGAUCAGAGAAUAAUGCAACCCAUUUGGACCCCAGAUUCUUUGAGCUACCAAUUUAUGUAGCUCCAUCACUUCAAUACCGGUUACCAAUGGCUUUCCCAAAAGUGCUGGAUCUAAGUAACAAUAAAUUAACUGGUGAGAUGCCCUUGGAGAUUGGUCAGUUGAAAGCCCUCUGUUCACUCAAUUUCAGCUUCAAUGACUCAAAAGGACAGAUCCCACAAUCAAUAUGCAACCUCACAAACCUGCAGGUGUUAGACUUGUCGACCAACAACCUCACAGGUGGAAUCCCAGCUGCAUUGAACAGCCUGCAUUUCCUUUCAGCAUUCAACAUUUCUAACAAUGACCUAGAAGGGCCUAUUCCAUCUGGAGGUCAGUUUAAUACGUUUCAGAACUCUAGUUUCGAUGGGAAUCCAAAGCUCUGUGGCUCUAUGCUAAUUCACAAAUGUGGUUCGGCUUCACCACCUCUGAUCCCCUCCAAAGAACGGCAUAAGAAGGCUCUUUUUGCAAUUACAUUUGGAGUGUUCUUUGGAAGCAUUGCUGUUCUUUUGUUGCUGGGGCGUCUCCUUGUCUCAAUCAGAGUCAAUGGUUUUACAGUAAAAAAUACAACAGACAAGAACAAUGGAUAUAUCGAAUCAACUUCAUCCAACUCCAGUUCAGAGCAAACAUUGGUAGUGAUGUCACGAGGCAAGGGAGAAGAAAGCAAGCUCAAAUUCACUGACAUUUUGAAAGCUACACACAAUUUUGACAAGGAGAACAUCAUUGGAUGUGGAGGUUAUGGAUUAGUAUACAAGGCAGAGCUAUGUGAUGGCUCGAAGCUGGCAAUAAAAAGGCUCAGCGAUGAAAUGUGUCUUAUGGAAAGAGAGUUCAGUGCAGAGGUUGAUGCUCUCUCCAUGGCACAACAUGAAAAUCUUGUACCUCUGUGGGGUUACUGCAUCCAUGGAAACUCAAGGCUCCUCAUAUAUUCCUACAUGGAGAACGGCAGCCUGGAUGAUUGGCUUCAUAACAGGGAUGACGAUGGUAGCUCAUGUCUUGACUGGCCAACUCGGCUGAAGAUCGCGCAAGGAGCAAGCCUUGGCCUUUCUCAUAUCCAUGAUGUCUGCAAGCCUCAAAUUGUCCACCGUGACAUCAAAUCCAGUAACAUCCUACUGGACAAAGAAUUUAAAGCUUAUGUUGCAGAUUUUGGGCUAGCCAGAUUGAUCCUUCCCAACCAAACGCAUGUUACAACUGAGUUGGUCGGCACUAUGGGUUACAUUCCCCCCGAAUAUGGGCAAGCAUGGGUUGCUACGUUGAGAGGUGAUAUGUACAGUUUUGGAGUAGUCCUGCUUGAGCUGCUCACUGGAAUGCGGCCUGUUUCAGUCCUAUCUACAUCAAAAGAACUUGUCCCAUGGGUGCUCGAGAUGAGGUCCAAGGGAAAGCAAGUUGAGGUCCUGGAUCCAACACUUAGAGGCGCAGAAUAUGAAGAACAAAUGCUGAAGGUGCUUGAAGCUGCUUCCAAAUGUGUCGACCACAAUCAAUUCAUGAGGCCAACCAUCAUGGAAGUAGUCUCCUGCCUGGCCAGUAUAGAUGCUGAGCCGCAGAUGCAAAGAUCAGCCAAGAUACGAUAAUAGAUGUCUCGUAUUUUUUGUGCAAGAUAUACAUGUAACUUUCUUAGUUUCGUCAAUGAGUUUGUUUUGUACUUUGUACAGAGCCUAACAGGUUGCCAUUUUGAGCUUUCGUGGUUCUUUAUGGAAAGAUAUUUUGUAAAAUUGAUCUUCCUUUAGAUUUCUUUUGCAAGGACCUUUAAAUGGUCUCUGUAUAUUAUAUAUGCUUUAAGUUUCACAAGCAUGAAACAGAGUGUAAGCAUGUGAAAUGACAAUCUUGCUUUAUCGGUGAAAGGUUGAAAAUGGAGUCCAUUCAAGGGAAGAUAGUAUGUGCAGUCAUCUUUUUGCUUUGGAUCAUCGAUUUUAGAAACCACUAAAGUUGGAGGUGAAUUGCCGAAUUACUAGCUACAGCAAAUGCCUGGUUGGUCCAAGCGUCGAACAAAUGGAAUGAGAAAAUGGGAAUGCAAUACGACCACCACCUUUGUUGAAAUACAAAUAACUCAGCACGCAGCCACUAGCAAAACAC